AUGGGUGUUUUCCGUCUUACCACCCUCAUCGAGGAGCAUGUUCCCUCUCGGUCGUGGAUCAUCUCCUCGCCGCGGAAUGGGCUGCGCGUGAUGCCGGUCGACCUUGGCGGUUUUAUGUUUGACCUGACGCACAGCCGGAAUCUCUAUGCCGGCCAGGCCCGAGGGAUUGCCUUUGAUCCGUGCCUCAUUGCUCCCUACCUGGAGGCAUAUUGUGGGUGGCUGGCCCAUCACAGUAUUUUUCCCAUCUUCGUGGCCGAUGGUCUUGACCCCCCGGAGAAGAGCGUCACCGUGCACGAGCGGUUCCGGAGCAAGACGCGGUCGCUGAAUUUGGCGCUGGAGAAUUACCUGCAGCAGCUCUCCCUCGGCCAGAAGGACGACUCACUGGCGGCUUUCCGGAAACUCAGCUCCGGCAUCGCCCUUCCCAACAUUCGCCUCAACAUCCAGCACCAGCUGGGUCGCCUGGCCCGGCAGUACCCCGAUCGUCUGGCCUUCGUCUCCUGCUUCACCGAGGCCGAUGAUUUGCUGACCCUGCUUAGUCUCUAUUUCAGUGCGCCGGUGCUCGGUGAUGACUCGGAUUUCAUCGUCCACGGCUUCGGCCGCAUGAAGACCUCCUCCCUCUUCCGGAAGCAAUUCAUCCUCAAGCGCAGUGGUCCCGAUGGCCGGCCGGUCUUCAUGCCGGGGUCGGGCUUUCACAAGCCCAUCCGCGCUGAGGUUAUUCUGUCGUCUUCCUUGGCUUCUCUCUGUGAAACCACUUCCACGAAGCUUGCCUGGCUCCCCCUGAUCAUGGGCGCGGACUUCGGCCCGCCGGAUGGACGCCUGUGGAGAGUUUUCCUGGAGAAUGCCGACAUGGACCCCAAGCGGUGGGGUUCUCUGCGGGCCUUCUUCCAGGGCGCCCAGCCGGGCUACGUGCUGCAGGACACCCCGUGGCCGAUGUCCGGCGGGACCAACUUCAAGUCCAACUGGUCGAUGUAUGUGAAGAAUGCCAACCUGUCCCGGGAGGACUUGUGUGCCAUUUUCCAGGCCCUGCCGGAGCCGGCCGACUUGGCGCAAUUCGUCCAGGUCCCGGAGGAGCUGGACCUGGGGAUCCCCUUCAGCUUGGCCCUGCCGAUGCUGCAGCAUCAGGACCUGCUGCCGGGCCUGCUGGAGCACCUUCAGACCAGCUGCGGCGCCGGGACGCUCAUGCUCAAGGAGAGGCACCUGCGGCCGAGAUUCCCCCACAUGGGGGUCAAGCAAAUCCACGAUGGGAUCCUGUUGAAUUUGGGCAUCUUCGAUGCCAGCCUCGGGGCCCAGGCCGGGAGCCGGCGUCUGGGGGAGUUUGCGCUGGAGCUCCAAAACUACCUGACAAACUCCCGGUUCGUGCGGCCUCGAAAUAAGUGGUGCAUCUUUUCGCCGCGGCCGCCGCCGAGCUUCUCCCCCCCGGCCGGCGGCCCGCCGCCGCAGCGCUUCAGAUCCCCGCGAGCCGCUCCCCGGUGCCAGUGCAGGCACGCGCUGUACCUGGCGCAAGCCCACCUCCAGGAGAAUCUCCUGUCGUCGCAAGUCCACUCGGCCUUCUGCUCGACGCAUGCCGAGGCCCCGGCGCCGCUGCGACCGAUGGCGGUCGACAGUUUCCUCGCGUCGCGCGGCCGCGCCGCCCACCAGGUUACCUUCCACCUGCCGCGGAUGCCUCAGUUCGGCCUGCGAGAGGGUGUGUCCGUGUGGAAUCCCGUUCGCCAGGCGCGCUUCCUGGCGUACGCCCUGCUGGCCCGUGGCCCGGCCGGCCGGCACCAGGCGUCCGACCUCCUUCGGGUGGUCGAGUAUGAGCCGCUGCCCUUCCAAUUGGGCGGGCACUUCCCCGCCGCUCCGGCAUGUGUCAUGCGCACUUACGAAACGGCCUGCCUCGAUGUGAUGCCGCUGCUGCAGCGCGUGGACCAGCUGCUGGGGGCCGACCGUGAGGGCCAUGCCCUUGACCGGCUGCUGCUGCUGAUGAUCCUCCUGGCGGACCGCCAUUCCGGCAGCCCCCCCGGCCCGGAGGAGAUCGGCCAAGACCUGCAGCUCCUCCGGGAGCUGACGGCCGUCCUGGCCCGGGAGGACCACCCGGCCAUCGAGGAGUAUCUGCGUUCGCUCGGCCUGCCAAGGGAUGUCAGUAGCGUGGCCGGGCGGGCCUUGGCUCCUGCCGGGGACCUUCGCUUUUCGCAGUACAUCCUGGAGUACUGUGCCCGGCGGGCCACUGCCGCCUUCAUCGGCCUGCCUCCCGGGACGGAUGUCGGCGUGCAGGUGGCCUGUCCCUCGGGUGUGGAGGUGGCCCUGGCUGCGCAGGUAGAGCGGCUCACGGUGUCCGACGAGGAGCCGAUUCCGCCCGAGCAGCCCCGAGCGAGGCACGCCUCCCCGGUGCCGGCGGCAUCGGCAGGGGCCACGCCACCAACGCGAGCCCCAGCGCAGAGCGUGGCCGAGGAGGCCUCGGAGGAUUCACCCAUGGCCAAGUCGGGCCGCCGGAGAAGGGCAUCGUCCAAGCAGGCCCUUCUUCCGGCUCACUCGGCCCUGUCCCUGUCGGGCCAAUCCCCGGCAGAGCCUCGGGCCCCGCGGCCGAAACUGCGCGCGCAGACCGAGGCCGACCGGGCGUCCCAAGGCCAGGCCCCGGCAUGCCCAGCCCCGGAGGAGGCACAUCCUGCGAAGGAUCCCCCAAAGAAGGGCUCGGCCGAUGGGGCCCAGGGCAAACGCACCCGCGGGAGGAAGGCCCCCGAAAGGCCAUCUCCCCCGAAGCAGACCUCCGACCAGGGUUCCCCUGUGCGGGACGCCCCGGUGCGGGACGCCCGUGUGCGGGACGCCCGUGUGCAGGACGCCCGUGUGCAGGACGCUCCCGCGCAGGAGCUCCCCGCACCGCAGCGGCCCCGCACCAAGCACACGGUCCUUUUCUCGCCAGAAAAGCUCAACGCCAUGGCCAUGACCCAGUCCCUGGCCUCUUCCUGGCUGAGUGUGUAUGCCACACUGGCCGGGCGGCGUUUGUCCCUGCACCUGCAGCAGGCCGCGGGGGGUCCCGGCCGCGAAAUGUGUCGCAUCCCGAGCCCCUCCUUCGUGGUUGAGUGUAUUUUCCUCAUGAUGAACACCGAGUAUCCGUAGCUCGCGAGUGCUCGGCGUCCUGCCCAUGCCCCCCCCCCCGCCGGCGGACUGGCGCGGGGCGGAUGCGAGGCCGGUCGAGCCGGAAACUACGCGGCUUAACCCAAUAUAUUCGAUUAACGCGACA